GGUUUCUGAAGUAGAAAGGAAGUGUUUUUUAAAAAGGAGAGUGUAUAUCCUUGAACUGGAGAGGACUCCUGUUUCGAAACCCGUCUUCUUCUCUUUCCUGAAUCCCCUCCAUGUCUGCCUCCCCCAUCAACCAAAAUUUCCAUACUAUGAUCACUUAUAUGCGUAGAAAUACGUAUAUAAUGUAUAUACAUAUAAAAAAUAAACCCACGCGCUCCCUCACACAGAGGUUUCCUUGUGUUUGUCCCCCCCACACAUAUCUACACACACACCCCCCAGAUUUCCUUGCUUUUGCCUACACACCCACAAACACACAUAGAGGUUUCCUUGCAGUUUGCCUGGACACACAGGCAUACAAACACACCCCUCCACCCACACAGAGGCUUCCUUGCCUUUGCCUCUAUAAACAUGUUGAACUCGACCUUUGUGAAGUUGCUGAUAAGCUCUUAUCGGACAGGAGUUAAAGGAAUAAACUCUCCCACCUCUGGGGCUGGGUUGAGCUUCCAGGGACUCAAGAAACGUGUACCAGUGUGAAACCCGUCGAGGAACGACCUCCGGGAUGGAAACUCAGUUCUGUCCGUAAAGAAACCCGUGGUUGCUCUUGGUUUCGUGCCCGUUUGAACAGGCCCAGAGUGCUACUGAGCUGCCACACAGCCCGGCGAGGUCUGGGCGGAAUCCUAAAGCAGGCCGGUCCGCAUCCAUUCAUGAAUCCGUGACGUCAGGAGCGUGCGGGGCUCCUCUGCGGUGGGCUGGACCAGUGCGGGGAUGCGAUGCCCCCCUUUUUUCUUCCUCCGGCAAAGCCUGUCUAUUCGCCUUCCAUCUUUUGCAAAACCAGAAAAUGGAGCAGCAUGUGUAGGAAUUCUCCACCCUUGCGCUGGAGCCCUUUCUCCCAACCGGACUGGGGCUUCGUAAUCCUCUGAACCUCGUCCUCGGGCCGCCCGCCUCAUGCACCCUCACGGCCCGAUGGCCGGCCCUCAAGAGCACCCGAGCUGGUCCUCCUCCCCAAACCUGCUCCCCGAGCCCCCGAGCCACAGCAAAACCUUCGCCGGGGCCCGCGACGACCCCCCUUCCGCGAAGACCCCCGAGGACCCGCCAGACAAGGGGCUGCCCCGGGGGGAACCGGCGGAGGCCUUGAGCAGCCCCGUCGCCACCACGGUGUUGACCAGCGUGAGCGAAGACUCCAGGGACCAGUUUGAGAACAGCGUCCUGCAGCUGAGGGAACAAGACGAAGCGGAGCCGGCCGGUCCUCCGGGCAACGACGGCCCGGUGGAUGGGGACGGCACCGGAGGCCCGGAGGACGUCAAGAUCCAGUUCAGCCGGUCGGGCAGUGGCAGCGGUGGCUUUCUGGAAGGGCUUUUCGGCUGCCUCAGGCCUGUCUGGAAUAUCAUAGGGAAGGCUUAUUCCACGGACUACAAACUGCAGCAGCAAGACACGUGGGAGGUGCCGUUUGAGGAGAUCUCGGAGCUGCAGUGGCUGGGCAGUGGAGCCCAGGGGGCUGUCUUCCUGGGAAAGUUCCGAGCCGAAGAGGUGGCCAUCAAGAAAGUGAGAGAACAGAACGAGACGGACAUCAAACACUUGCGGAAGUUGAAGCACCCUAACAUCAUCGCUUUCAAAGGGGUUUGCACCCAGGCCCCGUGUUACUGUAUCAUCAUGGAGUACUGUGCCCACGGACAACUCUACGAGGUCCUGAGGGCGGGACGCAAAAUCACCCCCCGGCUGCUGGUGGACUGGUCCACGGGGAUUGCCAGCGGAAUGAAUUACCUGCACCUUCAUAAAAUCAUCCACCGGGAUCUCAAGUCACCCAAUGUAUUAGUCACUCACACAGAUGCAGUCAAGAUUUCAGAUUUUGGCACUUCUAAAGAACUCAGUGAUAAAAGUACCAAAAUGUCCUUCGCUGGUACGGUGGCAUGGAUGGCACCAGAGGUGAUUCGCAACGAGCCUGUCUCGGAGAAAGUGGAUAUCUGGUCCUUCGGAGUGGUGCUGUGGGAGCUCCUCACGGGAGAAAUUCCCUAUAAGGAUGUGGAUUCUUCAGCCAUUAUCUGGGGGGUAGGCAGCAACAGCCUACACCUUCCCGUCCCUUCUACUUGUCCCGAUGGCUUCAAAAUCCUCAUGAAGCAGACGUGGCAGAGCAAGCCUCGAAAUCGACCUUCUUUCCGGCAGACACUCAUGCAUCUAGACAUCGCGUCGGCCGACGUGCUCGCCACGCCACAGGAGACUUAUUUCAAAUCCCAGGCUGAAUGGAGAGAAGAAGUGAAAAAACACUUUGAGAAGAUUAAAAGCGAAGGAACCUGCAUACACCGGUUAGAUGAAGAACUCAUUCGCCGACGAAGAGAAGAGCUCAGGCACGCUUUGGAUAUCCGUGAGCACUAUGAGAGGAAGCUGGAAAGAGCCAAUAACUUAUACAUGGAGCUGAGUGCCAUCAUGCUGCAGCUAGAGGUCCGCGAGAAGGAACUCAUUAAACGAGAACAAGCUGUGGAGAAAAAGUAUCCUGGAACCUACAAGCGUCAUCCAGUCAGGCCAAUCAUCCAUCCCAAUGCAGUGGAGAAACUGAUGAAAAGGAAAGGAGUGGCCCACAAGCCAGGAGUGCAAGCCAAAAGGCCAGACCUGCUGAGAUCAGAAGGCAUCCCCAGCGUGGAAGCGGUUCCCCAGGGCUCUCCGGUCUCCGGGAGCCCCAAAAUGUCCACCCCGAGCGGCAAGGGCCGAUACCGCAGCAAACCGCGACACCGCCGGGGGAACAGCAAAGGCAGCCAUGGCGACUUUGCGGCCAUCUUGAAAAAUCAGCCAACCCCGGAAGACUCGCCUCAGCCGGGCCAACACCAGCCCCCCGACCGCCUCGGCGAUCGCCCCGGUCCCCAGCAGCACCAGCACCCCCCUCCCCCCUUCUCCUUCGGCUCCUAUCCCAGGCUCAACGUGCACGGGCAGGACGUUGCCAACUGCGCCAACAACCUGAGGUACUUCGGUCCGGCGGCCGCCCUGCGCAGCCCUCUGAGCAACCACGCCCAGAGGCAGGUGGCGGGCUCCAGCCCCGACCUCAUCUCCACCGCCGUGGCGGCCGACGGCCGGUGGGACGGGGCUCCUUCGGCCGGGGGCCGGGGGGCCGAGCCCUGGGACCCCUGCCUCCGGUGCCGGCCGGGGCGGGCCGGGGCCGAGGGGCCGCCUUCCGCCGGGCGCGAAGGGAAGCACGUGGUCCUGAACUCUCCCGACGGCCCGGCCCGCGGCCCCCCGGACGACCGCGUCGGCGGGCCGGAGGAGAUGGACGACGACGAGUUGGGCGGCUGCAGGUCGGCCUCCUCCCUCGGCGACCCCCAGCACGCGACCCCCCCCAUUCUACCUCGCCACGUAAGGCCCCUUCGGAAGAGCGGCGAUGAGUCCUCUGAAGAGGAAGAAGGAGAAGUGGACAGUGAAGUUGAAUUUCCUCGAAGACAAAGGCCCCACCGCUGUAUCAGCAGCCGCCAGUCCUACUCGACUUUCAGCUCCGAGAACUUCUCCGUGUCCGACGGAGAGGAAGGGAACACGAGCGACCACUCCAACAGCCCGGACGAGUCGGCCGCCAGGCUGAAAGACCGACUGGCCGAGCAGCUGGAGGACAUGCUGUCCCAGACCCCGGAGAUCCCCAUCGAGAUUUCCACGCAGUCCGACGGGCUGUCGGACAAGGAGUGCGCCGUGAGGCGCGUCAAGACCCAGAUGUCUCUGGGCAAGCUCUGCGCCGACGAGCAUGGCUACGAGAAUCCCGUGCAGUUUGAGGAAUCGGACUGCGACUCUUCGGACGGGGAAUGUUCCGACGCGACCGUCAGGACCAAUAAACACUGCAGCUCAGCUACUUGGUAAUGAAGGAACGUACCCGGCCUGAAGCAAGCUCUUUCCGUACUACAGGCAUUUCACUCUCCCUCACCCCCUCCCGCAACUCUCCCCCUUCUUCCGUGAUGCUUUGCCCCAAAGGAGAGCAGCUCCUCGCCCUCCCUAGAAACGAUCUGCAAUAACAGGGAUACAAGACUUCUCCAAUCUCCGGAAAAAUGUCCAAAUGAAGUUAAUCCUCACUGAGCAUUUCAAUCAAGAAUGGCAGGGAUCUAUUUUAUGGAAUAU